UCGAUUUUGCAGUAGAGAACUAGAGAUCAAGCAGAGAAGGGUGAAGAAAGUGGAAGAAACACAACGUGGAGGAUUUGGGAAUGGCACAGGCAGCAAGGCUCAACUUGCGCAUGCAAAAGGAGCUCAAGCUUCUUCUCACUGAUCCUCCUCCCGGCGUCUCCCUUCCGAUGCUAACCGCUGAUUCCGAUUCUUCCAACUUGUCAACCAUUGAUGCACAGAUCGAUGGCCCCGAAGGAACCGUUUACGCGAAAGGGGUUUUCAACAUCAAGAUUCUAAUACCUGACAGGUAUCCGUUUCAACCUCCCGUUGUGACUUUUGCGACCCCCAUAUACCACCCCAAUAUAGACAACGGUGGAAGGAUUUGCUUGGAUAUUCUCAAUCUUCCUCCCAAGGGUGCAUGGCAACCAUCUCUGAACAUUUCAACUGUGCUAACAAGUCUUGGGUUGCUACUGAGUGAGCCCAACCCUGAUGAUGGUCUAAUGUGUGAAGCAAGCAGGGAGUACAAAUAUAACAGGCAAGCUUUUCACCAAAAGGCACGGACUAUGACUGAGAAGUAUGCUAAGGCUGGAGGUAGUAUGAAUUGUAGUGGCAGUGGAAGCAUGUCAUGUAACAAAGACCCAAACACAAUGCAAGCUGAAGAAUCAGAGACACAGUCCAAACCAACGGUUAAUGAGUGUAGCCUCAGUCAAAAGAAAUUACAAGAGGUCAGCUUGAAGUUGUCCCUGGAAUCUUCAGGCCUAUCCCAGAGGACAGAUGCUGAUAAAAAGGAACCUCUGUUGGUGACUCAACAAUUAUCACUCACAUACUCAAAGAGCCUUUCUAGUACCCCAUCCACUCAGUCCAAGUCUUCGUUGAUUAUACAGGCUGGCGGCCGUGAUGUUCAAAAACCCCAUAAGGAUCAGGAUAAUAGGAUAAGAGCUAAUGGAAAUGACAUUGUAAUUUCAAGGAAACCACUUGGGAUCAGUCGAAAGUUGUCUCUGGAAUAUUCGGGCCCAUCCCAAAGAAGGGAUGCUGAUAAGAAGAUUAGAUUGCCAGAGGAUCAGCAGUUAUCACUCUCCAAGAACCAUCGUAAAGCUUUAUCCGAGACCUUGCAGACACCACAAGCUGGUAACCAUGAUGAACAACCUCAUCAAGAUCAUAAUUGGAGAGAAGAGGAUAAAGGUACCUCUAAGAUUCAUAAGAAGCUGUGUCCAAUCAAUCACAGUACAUCUCUGUAUUCAUUGGAUCCAAACCAAAGGAGGGAUGAUGAUAAGGAAAACGUGGAACCAAUUCACAGAUUAUUAGUUUCUCACUUUCUACCUGAAGGGCUUCCACUAGAUUCUUCCAAGCCAUUGCCAAUGUCGCAGCGUAAUGGGGAUCAGGAUGAGAAGAUGGGGAAUGGCACCAUAAAUGUGACUCCAAAGAAAGUACACAAUUUAGGAGCCAAUCUGUCACUGGAAUCGUUGGGUUCACUCAGGAGAAGGGGCGGUGACAAGGAGAAAGAAGUGAUUACCCAGUUGCCUCCUUCACAUUCCCAAAGCCAUGGUGGAGUUUCACUCAAGUCAAUGUCACAUGCUUUAAACUCAAACGGACAACACCAUCAAGAUCAUGAAGUGAAAAUUAUAAAUAGCAGCAUCAAACAACAGGAGGAAGAAGUUCCACCGAUAUGUGAUACAGUGAUAGUGCUGGACAGUGAAGACAGUGAGGAAGAGAACAGAGGAUCGAAAAGGUCCAGAUUGUCACUUGCUCGAAAGCUUUUAUCUGUAAAUUGUAAAGCUAAAGCCUGAACUUGAGCAAUUCCCCCUUCCCCCCAAAACGAAUUACUGGAAGCUUUCUGAGUAUAACAAAGGUUUAUUUUCAUUUCUA